AUGUUGCCAUUUCCACCGCUCUCCACUCCCUCCAGCGACAUUAGCAACAACAGCUUCUACGGCCCAAUCAACAGCAACUUCCGCAGCAUGAUUCCUGACAACGGCGCUCUGCUCAACAUCGCAGGCAACUUCUUCUACGGCGACCCCAUGCUCUACGCCGAUGGCUGCCAGUUCUGCCCCUCCCAAAUCACCCAGUCUCAUCGUUUGGACAGAGGUGAACUCUUUUUUCCUGGGGAAAGUCGCUGUGCACUCCGUUUCAUGCAAGGUUACAUCACGGACAUAGCCCAAGCAGCAGAAAAGCGCGGCCAGGCGAGCUUGCAGAAGAACUGUUUCACAUUGAACAAGCAGAUGGAGUGCACGGCGAACGAGACGCUGCGCAGCAGCGACGAGUGCCUGGCAUUCUGCAGCAUGUCGCGGGAGCUGGGGCCGUGCGACGGGCACGGAGCGUGUGUGCCGCCGCAGGCGGGGGCAGCAGAGGCGCGCUUCACGUGUGAGUGCGACGACGGCUUUGUCACGACCAACGGCACCCUCGGCUCCACCUGCGCCCGCCCUGCUCCGCCCCCUGCUGCAGCCGACUAUAUGUUCUCCAUCCUCCCUGUCUGCCCUCCUCAUCCGCCCGUUGCCUCUCCAGCGCUCUCCACGGGCGCAGUGGUGGGCAUCGCUGUGGGCUCUGCUGCCGCCUUUGCUCUCCUCCUCGCUCUCAUUGUCGCGCUGCUCUGGCCCCGCCAACGCCGGCGGUGGAGCGACCUGGACGUGUGUCAGGAGUUCAGCAUGGGGGAGAUUCUGCGGGCGACAGACAACUGGGCGAGCAGUAAUGUGUUGGGGAAGGGCGGCUUUGCCACCGUCUACAAGGGCGUCUCCUCCAAGGGCGAGCUCUGGGCUGUCAAGCGCAUCGCACUCAUGUCCAACGACUUCGAGACUGAGGUGCGGGCGAUGGCGUCACUGCGGCAUGAGAACGUGGUGCGCUUGUUGGGCUUCUGCUUGCAUCAGAAUGUGGAGAGCGGCCAGCAGGAGCAGAUCCUCGUCUACGAGUUCGUGCCCAAUGGCGACCUCAACAAGCUGUGCUGCCUGCAAGUCAAACUCUCCGCUCUCUCCCCCCCAUGCCCUUCCGUCGCGUGGUCCGCCUCGCGCAAUUCACUAUCAUUCAAGAAGCGCAAUUCCUCCCUCUCUUCCUUCCUCGUGCGUUCCCUUCCCUUUUCUGCCCAAAAUCCGCCCAACCAAAAUCGUUGGAGCCGCUUUGGCGUGGUGCUGUUGGAGCUGCUGACAAGGCAGAAGGCAGCCGUGGAGGGCACCGACAGCCACAUUAGUGACUGGGCGGCGCGCAGGGUGGCUGUGUACUCGAUGGGGCAUUUCACAAUCAUCCCUUGUUAUAUCCCCCCUCUUACCCCCCAGGCGGCGCGCAAGGUGCAGGUGUACGAGCUGGGGGAGCUGAAGGACGCGUGGCUGGAGGCGCCGGACGAGGCGGUGGUGGAGCUGGCAGACAUCGCGCUGGACUGCCUCAAGAUGCCCGCCUCGCGCCGCCCCAACAUGAAGGACGUUGCCCGCCGCCUGCAGAACCUCCUCUCUCUCUACUGUGGUGACGCCGACGGUCACUCCUCCCUUGCAGAGCCUAGCUUGAAAAUGGAGGGAGGGGGGGUGAGGGGUGACGGUGGCAGCAGCACGGACACGUUUGGGAGGAGCGAGUGGUCGGAGGGAGCGAACGAAACGUCUGCUUCCAGGAGUCUCGUCCAUUCGCUGUCGGAGAAGUGGCGGAUGAUCGAGUAG